CGAAGUGACACAGACACGUACCUCUUGAUCUCUCUGUUCGGAGACCACGCGCGGCUCGGAGACAUUGCCGGUGCAUCGGUUUGCUAGAUUCCGGGUGUACACCACACAACAAGAGGUAGGGCAACACGCAACGUUUGCGUAGAGGAGGGUCCCGCCGACGUACGUGUUGUGCGUUGAGGUUGACGUGGGCUGUCCAGCAAAUGGCUUCCGUGCGUCAAGCCGACGAGGCCAGCCAAGGCCAAACAAGUAUAGGUGGUGGUCAGGGCCCGACUGCUUCACCCGGGGAACAGCAGCAACACGAGCAUGUUGAAGAGGGCGGCGACGUUGCCCAUCAACCCGGCAACCGCAUGGCGGAAGCAAUGCAAAGGGGAGGCAUCUUGGGCUGGGGCUCCUACUUGACGUUCGCCUGGGCCGGACCUUUCCUCAAGCUCGGCUCCACUAUCACCCUCAAGGAGGAGCACCUUGAGGGAAUCUACCACAAGCACGAGAGCCGGCGCCUCUAUGACAAGCUUCGACGCAACUGGGAAUUGGAGAGGUCCAAGAUGGGGGGAGACAGUGAGCACAGCCGCGGCAGGCGCAAGGGCACCACCCUCCUGAGGGCUCUGGUUGCCACGUUCAAGCGGGGACUGGCGCUAACAGCGUUGCUCAUGAUCGGGGAUAGCGCCAUCCAUAUCCUUCAGGUGGGGCAAGCAGGCGGAGACGGGGGUUGGGGGGGUGGGGGGAGAGAGGCGUUAUCGCUGGGGUGGCUGAUCGGAUACUUCGACGACGACAGCUCGGAGAGUUGGGAGGGCUGGGCCUACGCCUCGGCCGUCGUGCUGGGCGGGGUGUUGUUCAGGCGAGCUGAUGCUACUUAUUCUGUCCUUUAG